UACUGGGCCCUCCCAGUCCCUGGGCGCACUUCCCGGAUCCCUCCCACGAGGGGGCGGGCUGUGGUCAAAUCUCCCGCCAGGUCGGCGGCCGGGCGCUGAUUGGCCCCAGGGCAGCGGGACCGACUCGUGAUUGGCCAGCACGCCGUGGUUUAAAGCGGGUGGCGCGGGAUCCAGGGACUUACUGCGGGACCACGGUGGAGAACCCUUGGAUCCGUGAACUUCCCGGAGGCGCCAUGAGUUGCAUUAACCUGCCCACCGUGCUGCCCGGCUCCCCCAGCAAGACCCGGGGGCAGAUCCAGGUGAUUCUCGGGCCGAUGUUUUCAGGAAAAAGCACAGAGUUGAUGAGACGUGUCCGUCGCUUCCAGGUUGCUCAAUACAAGUGCCUGGUGAUCAAGUAUGCCAAAGACACUCGCUACAGCAGCAGCUUCUGCACACAUGACCGGAACACCAUGGAGGCGCUGCCCGCCUGCCUGCUCCGAGACGCGGCCCAGGAGGCCCUGGGCGUGGCUGUCAUAGGCAUCGACGAGGGGCAGUUUUUCCCUGACAUCGUGGAGUUCUGCGAGGCCAUGGCCAACGCUGGGAAGACUGUAAUUGUGGCUGCACUGGAUGGGACAUUCCAGAGGAAGCCAUUCGGGACCAUCCUCAACCUGGUGCCGCUGGCCGAGAGCGUGGUGAAGCUGACCGCGGUGUGCAUGGAGUGCUUCCGGGAAGCCGCCUAUACCAAGAGGCUCGGCACAGAGAAGGAGGUCGAGGUGAUUGGGGGAGCAGACAAGUACCACUCAGUGUGUCGGCUCUGCUACUUCAAGAAGGCCUCUGGCCAGCCUGCCGGGCCGGACAACAAAGAGAACUGCCCAGUGCCAGGAAAGCCAGGGGAGGCCGUGGCUGCCAGGAAGCUCUUUGCCCCACAGCAGAUUCUACAGUGCAGCCCCGCCAACUGAGAGGCCUGCGAGGGCCGCCCGCUCCCUUCCUGCCGCUGCUGCCCAGCGGACACUGCCCCACGUGCUGCCUGGCCACUCCAGGAGGAAGCUGGGAGGCGUGGAGGGUGACCACACCUUGGCCUUCUGGGAAGUCUUUGUGUGGCUGCCCCACCUGCCACAUACUCCCUCCUCUCCUACCCACUGGCCUGCUUAAAGCUUCCCUCUCGGCUGCUGGGACGAUCACCCAGGCUGGAGCUGGCCCCACUUGGUGGCCUGGGAUCUGGCACACUCCCCCUCCUUUGGGUGAGGGACAGGGCCACACGCUGUUGACAUAAGCCUGCUUCUUCCUCUCUGCGGCUUUCACUGCUGAGUUUCUGUUCUUCCUGGGAAGCUGCACCAGCACCUUUGAGCCUUGGGCCACACUGAGGCUUAGGCCCUUCUUCCUGGGACCGGCUCCUGCCCUCCCCUGAGGAUGGCCUGGACUCACGCCCUCUUGCUUCCUUUUGGGCUCAAAGCCCUUCUUACCUCUGUUGAUGGUUUCCACAGGAACAACAGCAUCUUUCACCAAGAUGGGUGGCACCAACCUUGCUGGGACUUGGAUCCCAGGGGCUUACCUCUUCAAGUGGGGAGACAGGGCAGGGUCCAUGCCUCUGCUGUAGUGUAUGAAAUUAACUAAUUCAAAAUUCA